AUGUACUGUUUUAAGAAAAUAGCAGAAUCUCUUUUUUAUAAGCAAGUAAUUGAAGGAAACUUUAGCGGACAGGCAUAAAAUUCUAGAGAAUUUUUAUGUGUUAACGAUACAAGUAUUCAUUUAUAUAGUGUGUUGAACAAGAAUAUAGAGAAAGUAUCUAAAUAUGAAGUAAAUUGCAUCAUUAAAUCUGCAGAAGUAUACAAAAAUCAAAAAGAUGAAGAUUAUGUUUUACUGACAACUUUAGCAGAUUCAUUGUUAAUGCUAGGAUAUAAUAAAUUAAAUUAGUCAUUUUAAGUUUUAGCUCAUUUUUGUUACAGCCAUAUUAAUGACAAGCAGCCACCAAUCCAUCAAAUAGGCAAGCAUAUCUGUGUAUUGGGAGAUAAACAAAAGGUAGUAUUGCUAGGAGCAUAUAUGAAGAAUAUUUUAGCUUUAGAGUAUGUGAAUGGUACUUUUAUAUAAAGAAGCAUUAUUCGUUUACCAAAUGAUAAUAUUCAUAAAAUAUUUGCUUCUGAUGAAAAAAACACUCAAAUCGAGAACUUUAAUAUUCUUAGUUCAGAAUUAGAUACAUAAGAAUCAUUGAAAAUUAGAAUAGUAAAUGUAAAGCUAAAUAGCUCUAAUUUAUAAUUAAUGGAAAAAAAAGAAAUAAUUCAUGUCCCAAAUUUAAAAAAUGAAGAUAGAUAAAUAGAAGUACCAAUCGAUUGCACCCUUUUUAUUGAUAAAUAAGGACAUUAAAACUUUUUGAUACUUACUAAUCUUCAAAUUAUCAACAUAAAGCUAAACAGAGAAGCUACUAGAAAUAAAGAGGAAAGCACAUUGCUAAAAAAUUUAUUUUAAAAAGAUAGAAAGCAAAUAUAACCUCUUUGCAUUAAAGAGUUUAAGUAAACAAUAUAUAUUCUUUUCAAUGAUGGAAAAUGUUUUUAUUUUGACAGCUUCUAAGAUAAUCUUUAGGAAAUAAAAAAAUAAGGAUUCAAGAGUCUAUUUUAUGCAGAUCAAAAUGAGUUUGAAGUGAUAGAUGCACUACCACCAAAUUAACAUAAUAACGAAUGGAUAAGCCUUUCAGAUAAAAGUUUAUGCUUAGUAUAAGCAGAAUAAAGCAGCUGCAAAAUUAUCUCCUAUUCGCCAAUAUUUUCAAGUAUAGUAAAUUCAGCAGUUGAUUAAAGAAAUGGAAAUAUUUAUUCAAUUAUAAAUGGGAAUAUACACUAUUUAAGAAAAGUUAUUAAAGGAUUUGAGCCAAAAGAAUUGUAGCUAAUUUAGUAAAAUAUUCCUUUCUAAAUAGUGAAUGCUUUUGUAAAUUAAAAAGAUAUAGAAUGUAAAAAGUAGUAAUUGAUAAUCUAUUUAUCUUCAUUAAACUAGUCCUUUGUUUUACAAAUAUUUUAAUCAGAAGGAAGUCAAAAUUUAAAGCUGACCUCAAUUAAUUCUUUGUUUGAAUGCAUCAAUAAAAAUGAAAUAAUAAAAGAUAUGUCAUUUUAAGAAAAUGGUAGAGUGUUAAUGAUAUUAAAUUCAAGAAUUAUUAUAAUUGAUGAGCAAAGUAAGAAAAUUAUUAGUGAACAAAAAGUUUAAAAUGAUCAAAAAGAAUCUGAACAAGUUGUUAAAAGUACAAUUUUAGAAAAUUCAUGGAUUUUUGUUUUAACUCAAACCAACAAAGUAUAUGCAUAUAAAUAAGAUUUCAUUAAUUUUAAAUCAUACAAAGUUCCAUCUAUAAUUUAAGAUAGUGAUAUCAUCUUAAAUUAAAAAGAAUAAUCAAUUUAUUCCCUACCAAAAGGAUCAACUGAUAAUAAUCACUCAAACUAAACUCUAAUUUCAAAUUAUAUUUAAAUCCAUCACAAUAAAUAAAUGCUAUUUAUGAAUAAAUAAAUAUCGGCCUUAUACAUUUAUAAAUAGUCUGAUGAGAUACAUUUAAUUGUAGGAUAUUAUAAUAAAACUAUAAAAAUUAUUAGAGUAACUUUAGAAGAUAAUGCUUUAAAUAUGAAAACAGUCUAACAUUUUUAUACUCAAAGUAUAUUAAACGAUGUUUUAUUUUAUAAUAAUUCAGAAACACAAGGUUUAAUAUUUACUUACAGAAACGGAACUAUAUAGGAUCUUAUAUAGUUAGAUUACUCAAAGGAUAUAAAAGACUAAGAAGAAAUUGUUAAAACUAUACAUUUGGACGAUAGAGAUUCUGCUAAAAUUUUCAAAUUUGAUAACAAAAUUUAUUUUUAAUCAUCUCAUGCUAUUUAUUAUUAUAAACAAUCUGGAAUUAACACAGAACCUCUUUAUCUUGUCCUGCAUAACAACAAAUAUUUUCUUAAUGAUCCUAUUAUCAAUUUUAUGCUUCCAGUUUCUAAAGAUCAGUUUAUUUUAAUAUCUCAAGACAACUGGUAUUCAUUUAAAUAAUAGGCUAAUCUUGUAUAAGAAAAAAGUGAAUUUAAAUAAGUUUUAAUCCCACUUAAAACAGCUGACAAAAUAUUAUAGCAAAAAUUAUAAAUAAAUAACUAAAAUAGUUUUAAAAAAUAAAUAAUGAAUUGUUAUUUUUUUAAGAGGAUCCUUUUUAACAGAGAAUUAGAUGCCUUUUUAAUUAUAGAUUAAAUGGGUUGCAUUUAUAUUGUUAGUAGGAAUGGAUAUAUUUUAUAAGUGAUUGAUAACUUGCCUUCUCUAUAUCCUAUGAUGAAAGUAGCAAAUAUGAAAAAAGUAAUGAUUUCUGAUAAAGAUUAGCAUAUUUUCAUCGCAACUGAAAAACAUGGAGCUCUUUUGAUUUAGCUUUAAUUUGAAAGCAACAAAGUUGCUUAAGAUAAUCUUAAUAUCAAUUAAAAUCAAAGAAAAAGAGUUAGCAAAUUAUAGGUUAUAAAUUAAUUUAUAUUAUAAAACCAAUAAUAAUAAGACAUUUACUUUGUUUCUGAUGUCACAUAUAUGAGUCUUCUUAAUUUACUAUUUAUAUGUGGAUAAAACUUUAUUUUCUGCUAUGAGCUUUAAAAAGAAAUUGAAAGUACCUCAGAAGAAGAAAAAUUCCAAUUCAAUAAAAUUUCUCAGUUGAUUCUCCCAUAAAAAUAAAUUAUUUGCCUAGACUCGAUAAAUAAUUUAAUUUUAAUAGGCGAUUUAAAGGAUAGUGUUUUACUUUAUAAUAUUUAGCACAAAUUUGAAGGAGGAAAACACUUUUUCUAAUGGAAUCUUGAAAAAACUGAGUUUAAUUAGCGUGCUUUAAAGGAGAGUGUAUUUGUUGAUAAGUCUAAUCUGCUAGGAUUAGAUAAGUACGGAGAAAUAUUUGGGUCAGUAACUGACUAAAAGGUAUAUCAUGAUGCGAAUUUCAAUUUGCAUAACUUCUCUUUAAUGAAUUUGAGAGAAACAGGACAAAUUAUCAAAUUUCAUAGGUAUAUAAAAACCUAAAAAUACAUUAAUCAUCAAGAAGCAAAAAAUAACCAAAUCUAAGAAUCUGAAAGCUGCAAACUACUCCCUAAAUUGCACAAUAUGAAUAGAUAAACAUUAUUUUAUGUUUGUGGAAUAGGAGGUAGUAUUUACCAAGUUGUUUACUGUGAUUUACUUUUUAGCUUUGAUAUUGAAAAAUACAAUAGUUAUAUUCUCAUCUUAGAAAAUAUUUUGCGAUAACUAAAAUCAAAUUACUCUUCCUAAAAGAAGAAUAGUCUAGACUUAAUGAGAAAGACUAGAAAGUUUGGUAAUUGUUAAAGAUUUAUUGAUAUAAACUUGUUUGAAAGCCUAAAUAAGUAAGAAUUCUAUUAAAUAGUAUAAGAUCUUUAAAAUUAACUAAGCAAGGAAGAAGUGUAAUAGUUAAGUGUAGAGGAGUUAAAAAAAGUUUUUUAGUAUAUGUUUUCUCUAUUUAUGAAUUGA